AUGGCUGGCCUAUCCUUGGAACAACCUUUACCGUUCAUCUUCGGCAUCUUAGGCAACAUCAUUUCGUUCAUGGUUUUUCUUUCCCCACUUCCUACAUUCUACCGAAUCUACCGAAAGAAAUCAACCGAAGGGUUCCAAUCGGUGCCUUACGUCGUAGCUUUGUCCAGCUGCAUGCUAUUGAUCUACUACGCGCUUGUCAAAACCAAUGCAGUCCUUCUCAUCACCAUCAACUCGUUUGGAUGCUUCAUCGAGACAGCCUACAUCACCAUCUAUCUCAUUUAUGCCACAAAGAAAGCUAGGAUCUUCUGCAUCCAAAUAUUUGUCCUCUUGAACGUGGUGGCAUUCGCUGCGAUCGUCCUCUUGACUCGACUAGCCUUUACUGGUCCUGACCGUGUGACAGUAGUCGGGUGGAUCUGCGUGGGCUUCUCGCUCUGUGUCUUUGCUGCUCCAUUGAGCAUCAUCAGGCUCGUCAUACGCACAAAGAGUGUAGAGUUCAUGCCAUUCUACCUAUCAUUCUUCCUCACACUGAAUGCGAUUGCAUGGUUCGGCUACGGUUUCUUCACCAAGGACUUGUACGUCGAGCUUCCAAACGUUUUGGGGUUCGUAUUUGGAGUCGUACAAAUGGUGGUCUACAUGCUCUACAAGAACAACAAGAAGAAGAAGGACGCCGCGGUGGCAGCCGUGCCGGAGCACAGAGUCAAGAUCGCGGAGCUGAGCUCCGCCCCAGCUUCCGAGUUGCAGGUCAGCCUCGAGGAGAAGGAUCAAAACAAGAGGUCGAUGGAGGACAGCCAAGACACAGAUAAAAACGAGACGGCAUAUGAGGAAGGGCAUGACAUUAGUGCAGUGUGA